CGAGCAGAGCUCAUCACAUUUGCGAUCGACGGUCAUUAAGGUGAAGCCGGGAAUGUGCGCGUACACACCACUCGGGGUUGCACAGCACCCUCAAAAGCACGAGCGAAAGCUCUCGAAGAUCCAGCGUGGCAGUGGCGAGCACUCGCGAGCUAGGCCCCUUGAUCAUCGACGAGGGUUGAGCUCGGCGCUCGUUUCGCCGACCCCCCGCGAGAUGCCAGCUUGAGCGACGGAAAUCUGCGCGCACGUUUCCAUGGCGAAAAUCCCGGCGGCAGCAGCGGUGUGGUCGCGCCUCUUCAGUACGAGGACGAACGCGAGCAACGACGCAUCGUCGCCGUUCAGCCAGCCAAUCGUCAGCCGACGUUGAUGAGGUGAACACCUGUGUCAACAAUGCCUCAGCGACGCAGCCGGCGCAUCUGCCUCAACCGAGCCAACGAGCGACGCGUUGGAUGGAUAAUGGAGGAUCGCCCGGUGCACAAAAUCAUUCUGAGGAGCGCCAGUUAGGAAGGUCAGCAUGAGAGGCCCGGCAGUUGGAGUGGUCGGAGGAGGCCGGGCCAGUCGGAGUCUUCUGGUGAGGAGCUUGGCGUUCGUCUUCCUGGCGACGUUCCUCUGGCUGCAAGUGCACGUGAUCAACCUUACGAGCCGUGACUGGUCCAGUCAGCCGGUCGUCAACGAGAGCCUCUACGCUCUCGUGCCUCAGGAGCUGCACAGGUUCCUGAAGGAGCGUCGCGGCAACGGCACGGGACUGGGCGCGCAGGCUAACGGCACCUCGUCGCAGCAGGAGCUGAGCGAGCGCGACAUCGCCGAGAUCCGGCGGCAGAUCGAGCGCGCGAACGCCGAGCAGCGCGUGCACAACGAGGAGGCGUUCGGUCCGCUGGCCAGCGACGCGCCCGUCAUCGUCGUCCAAGUGCACGACCGACUGACCUACCUGCGCCACCUGAUUAUCUCGCUGGCGCAGGCGCGCGGCAUCGAGCAGGUGCUGCUCGUCUUCAGCCACGACGUCUGGAACGCCGACAUCAACUACCUCGUGCAAAACGUCGACUUUUGCCGCGUCAUGCAGAUAUUCUACCCGUACAGCAUACAGACGCAUCCCAGGUCCUUCCCCGGCGAGAGCGCCAACGACUGCCCCAGGAACAUUCGCAAGGAACAAGCUCUGAGCCUGGGCUGCACCAACGCCCAGCAUCCGGACCUGUACGGGCACUACCGCGAGGCCAAGUUCACGCAGACCAAGCACCACUGGUGGUGGAAGGCCAACCGCGUGUUCGACCAGCUGUCGGCGACGCGCAAUCACACGGGCAUGGUGCUGUUCCUCGAGGAGGACCACUACGUGGCCGAGGACUUUCUGCACGUGCUGCGGCUAAUGGAGCGCACCUGCCGGCACAGCUGCGAGCGCUGCAACGUCCUGUCCCUCGGCACCUACCUCAAGACUUACAACUAUUACGCCGACUUCAGCAAGAAGAAGGAACUGCUGCGCGGCAUGAAAGGCAAGCAGGAGUCAAGUGGUAAAAACGAGCUGCCGGGCGGCUCGUCGUCUGCUACACCCAAACAGCUUGCCAAGGUUGUCGCACCAUCGUGGGCUUAUCAACUUCUGCCCGGACUCUAUCAACAUUACCAGAAGGCGGAGGUGAUACCAUGGAUCUCGAGCAAGCACAACAUGGGGAUGGCCUUCAAUCGAGCUACCUGGAGCAAGAUACGCAAGUGCGCGGCGCAGUUCUGCUCGUACGACGACUACAACUGGGACUGGAGUCUGCAGCACAUCGCUCAGAGCUGUCUUUCGCCGAGUCGCGGGGCCGGCAUACUGCCUCGGCUCGACUCCGGCCUAAUCACCAUGAUGAUGCGGGCGCCCCGCGUUUUUCACAUUGGCGAAUGCGGCGUCCACCACAAGAAGGCCAACUGCGAGUCGACGACGGUGAUAGCGAAGGUGCAGAACGUGCUGAGAUCGGCACGCAGCAGCCUGUACCCGUCGCAGCUCAGCCUCACCGUCGCCUCGGUCUCGAAGAAGACGAAGCUGCGCAAGGGCAACGGCGGCUGGGGCGACGUGCGCGACCACGAGCUCUGUCUCAACAUGACCAUCGCUUCCGGAGCCGCCUGAGCCGAAGCUCGCGGCCCCCUCCGUCUUGUCCGUUCGUCUAGUCAGCUCGGGCGCUCGUCGGGUUCGACGUCUCCGUUUCCUCUUGACAAAAGUAGUGGCGAGCUCGCCGCGCGGGUGCCCGGCUGCUCGACGACUCGCUCGCCGCGUCGGCGCGCUCCGGUGACCGUGGCGAUUCUCAAGGCUCUGCGCGUCGAGCGAGCGUGUAUGCAGGUCUCGUAUCGUCGUCGCAUCUCGAGCGAGAUUGCGCAGCCUCUUCUCUUGGUUUGUUCGUGCGUGCAGCAGUCGUGUCCGGUCGGUAGAACGCUAUGCGCUAAGUAGAUAUGCGCAAGGGUUACUGAACUGUGAUCGCGCGGCUCGAACGUAAUCUCGUUAUCCUAAUUGCCGAGGAUCCUUCCCUUCAUUCCUCUCUCGUAUUUUCGUGGCGCAUUGUACAUAGAGCCUGUAAUGCCGUGACUUUUUUAUUCCUAUCGAAAAACACAAUGUAGCGUGCUUGAAUGGUGAACGCUGAUUUGCGCAAACGCUUAUUUUGUAUAAAUGUAAGCGCACGAUAGUUAUGGUGUGUGAAAAAGAGGCGAACGAGCGAACAGUAUAAAUGACGAGGUUUAAUGCAUUUCUUUUUCGAGAGAGUACGGGCUGUUCGGGAUAGGUACAGCGAAGCUAUGCGUUAAGCGCUUAUUUCGUCGACGUGAUUUUUCAGUGAUUGCGCGCGCUUCGAUAUCGAUCGCCUUAUAUUUUCUUUUCGAUGAAUAUGAUGCCUCGACCGAGCGUUGUUGUUAUUGCUUUACGUUAUUAGGAAAACCAACCAACUCCGAUUUUACAUAAACAGUUUGAUAUAUCUUUACGUGAGAUCCAAUUGUUUUUCAUGUGAAAUAAUCAUAAUGAAAAAAUACGCGAGAUUUUGCUUUGUUAACAUACGAUUUACACAUCAAUGAGAGAAAAAAGAAGCGUCGGUACGUGUACAGUCUAUCGAUGUCGAUCAGUCUUUUUUUACAUAUCAAGAGAUGUGUAAAACGGGAGUAAAUCUGUUCUAGCGUUCAUUUUUCGCUUGACUUUGAAAGAAAAAGGAUCUCGAAGCAGAUUCAAAAAUAAUUUUUACGAUAACGUGAAAAUGCCAUAAAAUACGCGUGCGUCUAUGCAAUGGCAUUUAUCAGUUAUAGCAAAGUGUAUAAUGGUUACUUUGUUUUUUUUAGCUCCAAAGAGUGGAUUAUGUUUUGUUGAAAUAAUGCAAUUGUUUCAAAUUGCACGAACUAAUAAUAUAUUACUCGAUAGUUAAAUUCAAGUAGCACUAUUAGGCAUUUUAUACGUUAUAACCUAAGCGAAUAAUUCAUGUUCCUCGAUAUGACAUAUUUCAAAAUUGUUAAAUGUUUUCGCAUUUUUCGAAAAGAUACAGAAAUCAUGAUGGAAUUAGAAUGUACAUUUAUUUAAUUUAUUACUCUGCAGUUUUAUAUCAUAGUCAUCGAUUGAAAAAUAAAUCAGUUGUUCAGAUACAAUGAAAGUUUCUUGUAGCAC